UCGUGUUAGUCCGGGGAAAAUUCGAGUAUUUCGCAAGAAAGAAAGGAUUUUCAGCCGUACUUUGACGAUUCGACGCAGCCACACAGCGAGAUUUUCGCUUGUAGUCAAGUGAAAAGAAAGUCCACUGGACUAUAAACGAAAAUUAACUGGCAAUAUAGCCUUAGUUGCUGUGCCAUCAAUUCGGCGUCAUCUCAAGUGAGGUGACGCCAACCAGAAAGGAAGAAGAAGAAGAAGGUAGUUUCGUAAAUACUUAGUGUACUCAGUGAUAACUGAGUGCAGAGUAGUGUUCGGUUUUCUAAUAUGCUACUAUUACGGCAAGGCAUCAGUGGAUGGGCUUAAGAUAACUUGAAUUGCAGGAAUCGUUUCCAAACUGAUAAAGCAUUGUAUUCUAAUUCGGUGUACUCUGCACAAAACGAACAGUAUGCAAUCAGUAGAUGAUCGGCAGAAGCCUGUAGAGGCAGUCGCACGUGAACGUGAAACAAAUGUUGGUGAAUCUCGAAGGUUGAGCUGCUGUUGAUUCAAACAGUACAGUUAUUCAAAUGGACCGAAGUAGUGUUUCGCUGGACAAAAUGUACCAAAAUUUACCGCAGCAUGAGAACGGACUAUCAUCGCCAGUUGAAGAUGAUGCGGAAGACGACUAUUCCGAACAGUUACCCCAACUGGGCGCACUUGUGGUCAAUCGAUUCCGGAACGGAUGCUGCAGUGCCAAGCUGGUGAAGAAACGGUUCCCCAUUUUGCAGUGGUUACCGGAGUACCGAAAGCAGUACUUGCUGGAGGAUAUCGUGGCGGGUCUCACCGUAGGAUUGACCGUGAUUCCGCAGGGAAUCGCUUAUGCCGUGGUUGCCAAUCUUAAACCACAGUACGGACUAUAUUCGGCAUUUGUGGGAUGUUUCGUUUAUUUUGUGUUCGGAAGCUGCAAGGACAUUACGAUCGGACCAACGGCCAUUAUGUCGCUAAUGGUGCAAAUUCAUGUGGCCAAUCUUGGACCGGCUUUUGCAGUGCUGUCUGCCUUUCUUGCCGGUUGUGUCAUUUUGGUGCUUGGACUUUUGAAUUUAGGCUUUCUGGUUCAGUUCAUAUCAAUGCCGGUUACGGCCGGGUUUACGUCGGCUGCUGCAAUAACCAUCGCUAGCGGUCAGGUGAAGGCUCUGCUAGGUCUUCCCGGGAAUUCCAACGAAUUCCUUGAAUCCUGGGCCAAUGUGUUUCGUAACAUUCAUCUCACGCGAUUGUGGGAUACGUUGCUUGGAGUGGCAUCAAUCGUGAUUCUUUUGCUGAUGAUGCAAUUGAAAAAUCUAAGUGGCCGGUGGACUCCGGUUGGCAAAUAUCUGUCAUUGGCACGAAAUGCUAUUGUCGUCAUUGGUGGUACAAUUCUGGCAUACCUGUUAAGCAAGGAUGGCAAUUCUCCAUUCCAGUUGACCGGUACCGUAACACCUGGACUCCCACCAGUACAACUUCCGCCAUUUUCUACGGUCGUCAACAACCAAACGUACACCUUCACGGAUAUGGUCUCCGAACUGGGCACCUCAGUAAUCGCACUACCACUGAUCGCCAUUCUAGAAUCCAUUGCCAUUGGUAAAGCAUUUUCCAAAGGUAAAACCAUCGAUGCCACACAGGAAAUGAUUGCGCUCGGUUUGUGUAAUCUAGCAGGGUCAUUUUUUUCCUCGAUGCCUGUAACUGGAUCGUUUACACGUUCGGCUGUCAACAACAGCAGCGGAGUUAGAACUCCUGCCGGCGGAGUAACCACCGGCAUUGUAGUUCUGUUAGCGUUGGGGUUACUGGCAAAUACUUUCUUUUACAUUCCGAAAGCUACCCUAGCAGCGGUCAUCAUUGCUGCUAUGUUCUUCAUGGUCGAAUUCCAUGCUGCUGCUGAAAUAUGGCGAACGAAAAAAAUCGAUAUCAUUCCAUUUUUCACUACCCUCAUUUGCUGUCUGCUUCUCGGGCUCGAGUACGGAAUGAUUAUUGGCAUUGGUGUCAAUCUUUGCUUUGUUUUAUAUUUCACGUUACGUCCACAAAUCACUCAUCGGAUUGAGCGGAUCAACAAUGUUGAUCUAUUGAUCAUUAGUCCGGAUCAAAGUUUGAUUUACGCUUCCGCAGAGUAUUUGAAGAGUCAGGUGCUUAAAUUAUCACUACAGAACCCAGUCGAUGUGGUGGUGAUCGAAGGAUCUUCGGUCAGUUACAUCGAUACGACGGUGGCCAAAAAUUUGGUCGGAAUUGUGGAUGAUCUGGGUCUACAGGGACGGUCAGUGUACUUCUGGAACUGGAAACGUUCGGCUCAGAAUACAGUAUUCCGACUGAAUGCUCAGCUGUUUGUUCCCCUGUUCAAACGCAGUGAGACGCUACUCGAAAUUGUCAAGUGCUGGAUGCUGACCAAUCGGAUUGAAGCAUGAUUCCCACCGGAAGAAGCUGCGAAAAUGCGUUUCUAACUAUUGACUCGAUUCGAUAAGUUUAGAGUAUAAGUACUUCUAGUAAAUUGUAAAAUAGUCUGUGAUUUGUAGCUGUUAGAAGACUAUCGUUUGUCAGCAAUGAAUGAAUGUUAGUUGUAUAGAA